GGUACCUCAAACGUCGUAGCUUGAUCCUACUGUACGAGGGCUCGUCUUUUCUCUGCCUCUGCCCAAAUGCUUUUCUUCUCAUUUCAAUGAUUCCAUAGUCAAUCGCGCGUCGACGUCGAGCCCCGCCUCCCCCAUCCUGCGGUCUGUCGAUGAUGAGUGACUCUCCGGGUCGAGUUGGAUGCUAUGUCGCUGCUAUUGUCUUGCUGGUUUUUUCGACCGCUACGGUCGGUCUGCGACUGAGGGUUCGCAGUAUAAAAAGAUCGUAUCUGGGACUCGAUGAUCUUUUUAUCUCCAUUUCUCUGGUAGGAUCCCUGUUGAUGCGCAGUCUCGAGAGGCACGACAUGAAGGUGGCAAACCUAACGUCUAUGUAGCUAUUUGUUUGGGCUCUCGCUAUCAUUCUUAUCGUUGGUCAGUGAUCUGUUCCUCUCACUUUACAUACAGUUAAUUGUAUCAUAGCGACUGCCAAAGUAACUAUAGGUGUCCGUGUAUCGUCUGUUCACAACGAAAUACUGGGCUCCAAGGUCAGUAGAUACCACAUGAUAUACCAGCUUUCUCGUUUCCAAUUUCUCACUGGUUAUUGAAGUUCGCCUUUAUUUCUCAAGUACUGUCAACCAUCGUCUAUGGGACAGUAAAGCUCAGCGUGUUACUCCUAUUUCGACGAAUCUUUCAUGGCAAAAUAUUCGAUGUCAUAUCAUUCUCGGCCAUUGCACUGGUGGUAGCGUCAAGUGCCGCGUUAUUCUUUGCAACUCUUUUCCAAUGCGGACCUAAUCUAGCUGAUCUUUGGACUGGUCCCAAUGCUCCUGCAGGACAUUGCGGCCCUACAAGAAGCAUUGAACUCGGUAAUGCUGUGUCUGAUGUUGUGACCGGCCUUUUGGUGCUCAUCAUUCCUGUUCCGAUGAUUUGGAAACUCCAUAUGUCUCUAGCGCAGAAGACUGGAAUUAUGGCAGUUUUCAUGCUCGGUUAUAUGUAUGUGAAAAAAGCUAUGAUCAAAUUUCAUACUGAGUUAUAUACUGAGUAAAACUUUAGGUCUGUGGCAGUAGCAUGUGCUCGCAUCGCUUUCAUCGUCAAUGGCUAUUACAGCAAGUUCCCCAUUCCCAAUCGACCAACCCCACUAACAUCAACCCAGCUCAUGUCGUGGGUAGCAACCCUUUCGGUAAGCCAAAAAAUACCGUGGGAAUAAAAGCCAUCCUCUAACAAAUCCACAGACCUAGAAACAAACAUAAUGGUCUGGUCCUACGUCGAAGCAGGAAUAGGAAUCAUCGCCGCCUCCCUCUCAACCCUGACACCCUUACUCCAAGGCCACAUGGAAGAAGACGGCAUGCGAUCCCGAAUCUCCCUCACCUCGACACGAUCCCAGAAAAAGGGGGGUGAGAUCUCAGAGACCAAUACAUGGAGCUACGAGAUGCCGAAUCGAGAUAUCUAUGGCCAAUCCAGUUCCCAACUUACGACUCGUAUCGAGCGCGAGAUGACGAGGAAUUUUGCGGUCAAGAUUCCCGGCGGCAGGAUCUUGAGACAGGAUAAUGUUGUUGUGCAAGAGGAUCGGAUUUAG